GAACGGUAAAGAUAUGAGGAGUCGUGUAGUGAGGACGUGAAAAUGACUCUCAGGCUAUUUCGAACAUUCACUUUGCAAGUAAUACACAAGAGAUUUUAUAACCAGUCACCUGUGAGGGUGAGGUUCGCUCCAAGCCCAACAGGACAACUACACCUUGGGGGGCUGCGAACAGCUUUGUACAAUUAUUUAUUCGCACGUCAGAAUGGUGGAUCCUUCAUAUUACGAAUUGAAGAUACAGAUCAGCUGAGAGUGGAAGUUGGAGCAAUGGAGAAGCUUCAAGAAGAUCUGUUGUGGUCAGGAAUUAUUCCGGACGAGGGGCCAAUGACAGGGGGACCUAAGGGCCCAUAUGUUCAAUCAAAACGACUGGAUCUUUAUCGUGAACAAAUUGAAAAGCUCUUGGAAAAUGGUUCAGCCUAUUAUUGCUUUUGCUCAGAACGUAGAUUGGAAAUGCUGAGGAAAGAAGCUAUGAAAGCAGGAGAAGUUCCGAAGUACGAUAAUCGAUGUCGUCACCUGGAGAAAGAGGUUAUUGCAAGUAAACUCAGUAGACAAGAUCCCCAUUGUAUUAGGUUUAAGCUUACAGACAAACCAAAGCCUUUUCACGAUCUAGUUUAUGGUGAUGUAUCAAUAAGCCAGGGAGAAGGUGACCCAGUGGUUAUUAAAUCCGAUGGUUUUCCCACCUAUCAUUUUGCAAAUGUUGUUGAUGAUCAUUUCAUGGAAAUAUCACAUGUUUUGCGAGGUAUUGAAUGGCAGAUAUCGACACCAAAACACUUGGAAAUGUACCAGGCGUUUGGUUGGACACCUCCUCAAUUUGGGCACUUACCCCUCAUUUUGAAUGCCGAUGGAACGAAAUUGUCGAAGAGACAGGGUGAUAUAAAAGUCGAAUCAUUUCGGAAAGAUGGAAUUUUUCCAUUGGCUUUAUUAAAUUAUAUUACAUAUGCCGGAGGAGGGUUCAGACGAACAGAAGGUUUCCAAGAUGUAUGUCAUACAUACGCGAAUCUCAUAAAACAGUUUGACAUUAGUAAAAUCAACACGAGUUCUUCCAAACUCCACCAUGACAAGUUGAUGGAAUUCAACAAAUUAGAACUCUCUAAUUUACUCGAUGACACAAAUAACAUGGGAUUUUUGGUACGAAAACUACAAGAUAUGGUUUUGGAAGCGUUCCCAGACAGGCGAAACGAUGGCAGCUUACAACUCGAUGACCAUCACAUGAUCACAAUAUUGGAGUGGGCUAGGGAUAGGAUAACCAAACUGACUGAUUUGAUAUCGAAAGAUCUAGCUUUCUUAUGGGUUGCUCCAAGAUUAUCGAAGGCCAUUGAAGAUCCUGAAAUUCUAGCAUCACUGCGGACGCUAUAUACUGAAUUACAAAAUUGGGAGAGAAGUAAUUUCGAGAGGCAUCAACUGAAUGACUACUUAAAAAAAUUCGCGAACGACAAUGGAUUGAAAUUUCCUGCAUUUAUGAAAUCAUUGCGAACGGUUCUCAGCGGACUACAGCAUGGUCCAAGUGUGGCUGAAAUGAUGGAGAUACUGGGAAAAGAUAAAACAUUAGAUCGUUUGAAACAUUGUCACAGUCACUGACUAUAGUCAAUAAACAUCUGUUUUCAAAGAGUCAA